AUGUGUAGUUCAUUAUCUGCUCUCUCGCUUAAAAAACAGUUAUAUGAAUUGAACAAAAGCGCAACUGAAGGUUUUUCAGCGGGGUUGGUUGAUGAGGAUAAUAUUUUCAAAUGGCGAGUGCUUAUCAUUGGUCCACCAGAUACUCUUUAUGAGGGUGGUUGUUUUCAUGCAGAGCUAGACUUUCCACAAGACUACCCCGAGCGCCCUCCUAAAAUGCGGUUUGUAACUGAUAUCUGGCAUCCAAAUAUUGCUCAAGACGGAGAUGUUUGUAUAUCCAUUCUUCAUCACCCUGGAAAAGAUCUGUGGGGUUACGAAAGGCCCGAAGAAAGAUGGCUUCCUGUGCAUACCGUAGAAACAAUUAUUACUUCUGUUAUUUCGAUGCUUGCUGAGCCUAAUCCUGACAGCCCUGCCAAUGUUGAUGCUGCUAAGGAAUUCAGGGAGGAUUUCGCGGAAUUCAAGAGAAAAGUUUGUCGGUGUGUAAGGAUGAGCCAAGAACGUCUUGAAUGA